AUGUCCGGUGAAAGUGGAGCGCAUGCGCAAGCAGCAGAUCCAGGGAACCCAGGAUCAGGGCCACCUACGUCCUUGCCAUGGGCCCAAAUUCCUCGGUUUGAUCCGAGCACAACAGACCUACGAGUCUAUGAGCAGAAGAUGAAGUUCCUACAUGCAAUAUGGCCAGAAGAACACCUCCAGUACCUCGCACCCAGAGCUGCACUCCUUGUAGAGGGCGCUGCAUUCCAGAAAGUUGCACGCUUAGAUGGAUCAAAGCUGCAGUCAAAACAAGGCAUCCAAUACUUGGUCGAAGCCUUGGGUGGCCAGUGGGGUAGACUUGGAGCUGAAGAAAAGUAUGACCUCUUUGAGAGGGCACUAUACACUGAAACUGAUGGAGAAUGGGAUGAGGAAUCAAUCUAUCAGCUCAUGGCCGACAAUGGUGAUGAGGACGCAAUCUAUAUCAAUGAGUUCGAAGAUCAGAUUGUGGAAGCAGUUCAGGAACAUCCUGACCUCUCACAGUGCUUUGUGAGCUACCAGGAGGCCAGAGCACGAGUUCGAGAGCGCGCCAGAGCUCGUGGAUUCUGGCCCGUGAAGGGCAAAGCAAGAGGGAAAGGAUUCACCAAGAAAGGCAAGGGUGGCAACACCUUCAAUCAGGGAUCCAACUCAGGAUUCCUGGGUCGCAAGCGAUCACUUGCGGACAGGAUAGCAAAUUCCACGUGUAGACUUUGUGGAAUGGCAGGGCAUUGGAAACGAGAAUGCCCACAACGUGCCGAGAACAAGAAGCCCGAGCAAUCGGCGCUCAAUGAGGUCCACCUGGGGUUCCUGGACGAGGAUGACGUCGCCCAGGAAGUCAUCGAGGUUCUGCCCCCUGACGCAGUGGACUGGGAGGAAACGAUGUCCAGUCACACGAUCGAUCUCAGCUAUCUGGACAGGCCACUCGACACCAAAGUGGAUCAGAGCCUCACCAUGCCCCAGAAGGAAUCAGAGACCCAAACGGAGGUGUUCCUAAGACCACCGGAAGUGAACACACUCCGAGAGUGGGGUCAAAUGAUCCUCCCAGAUGGGAAACACAAGGGCAAGACCUUCGAAGAGGCCUACACCGAUCAGAACUAUGUGUUUCAACUCCGAAACCGAAGGGCAACAUCAACAUGGGUCAGGAAUUUCCAGAUGUACGGAAAAGCGAGGGUGCAUCACGAUCACACUCAUUCGCAGGAGAUGUUCAACAAGGGGAUCCCUGUGACCUCGGAGAUGCUCAGUCAGAUCGUGACCAAGGCAGGAAACAUGAUCCCUAUCCCAAAGGCCUUGCCGAAGGCAGAGCUAAAGGGGACGCCAAGUGUGGCAUCCGAGGAGUGGGUGAAGGUCAAGGGAAAGCAAGUUCCGAAGGUCGACCUGCUCAAACGCCCAGUUUCCGAGGUGACGAGAAGCGAAGCUCCUCAAUCAUCCAUGAUGAUGGAACCCAAUGCCGCGAAAGUCCAACAGAUUCAAACGCAGAUCGCUUUGCUCCAACGGGAUCUGGCCAAAGAGAUACAGAUCCCAAGCGAAGCAGAAAAGUUGAUUCACCAGGAGCUAGCCCUUAAGAUUGAGGAAAUUCAGGAACCCGAGGAGGAGAGAGCGAAAGAGGCCCAUGAAAUACCUGUACCAGACGACGGCCAGGCUAAGGGAACUUUGAGGGAUGAUCAGAUCAUGCGGUGCAGAUGGAUCUUCACAUGGAAACCACCAGCCCCCGGCACAACAGAGGAGCGUGCCAAGGCACGCCUUGUAAUUCGCGGAUUUGAGGAUCCAGAGCUGAGUUCCAUUGCAGCGGAUGCGCCUACCCUGUCGAAAGAUGGUAAACAGUUGAUUUUGCAACAGGUUGCAAGCAGGGGAUGGAGGUUGAUCAACUUUGACAUUUCCACUGCUUUCUUAAAGGGCGCAGGCGAUGGAAGAAAGCUUGGGAUCCACGCACCACCGGAACUCAAACGGGCCAUUGGCUUACAGAAUGAAGAACAAUGCGGUCUUUUGGGUGGAGCAUACGGCAGGGCAGAUGCCCCUCUUUUAUGGUAUAAGACACUCCGUGAAACAAUGGAGAGUCUGGGCUUCGUAGUCAGCCCUUUUGAUGGCUGCGUUUUCACAUUGGUGACAAAAGGCCAAGAUGGAAAACCCAAAGUACAUGGAUGUGUAGGACUACACGUUGACGAUGGAAUCGGAGGGGGUGAUCAAUACUUUAGGGAAGUCAUUGGGAAACUCCGUAGGAAAUUUGAGUUUGGAGCCUACAAUGAAGGGGAUUUUGAGUUUUGUGGAGUCCGAUACUAUCAAUGGGAUGAUGGGUCCAUUGAGAUGAAUCAAGAUUCCUAUGUUCAAAAGAUUCACCCCAUCGAGAUUCCCCGAAAUCGUCGCCAGCAAAGCCAGAGUUCUCUCACACCACUGGAGAUUCAGCAGCUUCGUCAAAUUUGCGGAAGCUUACAAUACGCUGCGGUGCAUACUCGUCCUGACCUUUCAGCAAAGGUAGGCGAGCUUCAAUCAGCGGUGGCUUCUGGAAAGGUGGAACACCUCAUUAAUGCAAACCGAGUUCUAUACGAAGCCAAAGCAAAUCCAGUGAGUUUGAUGAUCGUGCCCAUACCGGAACAUACAGUGACGUUUUGUGCCUUUUCAGAUGCUUCCUUUGAAACUGGUAAGGGUAGGUCUACGAGGUCCUUAGGCAAGCACUACUUGUAG